UCCAGCACGCCCGAGUUCAGCCCUGCCCGCCUUCUCAGGGGCUUCCAUUCAUUCUCGGCCAAAUGUGAAUUGCCGCCCCCGCCUCAAUCUGAUGUAGUCUCGCGGACUGAGGACUCGGAGGAGGCAGUUCUGGAGUGAAGGGGCCGCCUGGCUGACGACAACCCUGGGGAUGGAGGGGAGAAGGGACCGAGAUGGACAGUUCUGGACCCGGGAGCAUCUUUUCUUAGGGCGAGGGUCUGGGAACCCUGGACAAAGUUUUGGUAUUUCCAGAGUGACUGUCCAGGUGUCCAGAAUCACAUUCCGGAGGGUGCAGAGUGAGAAUCCGGAAGUCCCAGGGUUAUUUGGUGGGGUCCAGAUGCCCAGGGUGACAUUCUGGGAGGCGCAGAGUCUGGGGCCGCCGGCAUUGCGGUGUGGGUGCCCAAGAAUUCCUGGGGCACAAAUUAGGCACUGCCGAAGCCAGCCGAGCCGCCGGAGCCGCGGGCCGCGGGGCCGUCGCGGGCCCAACCCCAGGAUGCUCCCCUUCGCCUCCUGCCUCCCCGGGUCUCUACUGCUCUGGGCGCUGCUGCUGUUGCUCUUGGGAGCAGCGUCUCCCCAGGAUUCCGAGGAGCCCGACAGCUACACGGAAUGCACAGAUGGCUAUGAGUGGGACCCUGACAGCCAGCACUGCAGGGAUGUCAAUGAGUGCCUGACCAUUCCUGAGGCCUGCAAGGGGGAAAUGAAAUGUAUCAACCAUUACGGGGGCUACUUGUGCCUGCCCCGCUCGGCUGCUGUCAUCAAUGACCUACAUGGAGAGGGGCCCCCACCGCCCGUGCCCCCUGCCGAGCACCCCCACCCCUGCCUCCCGGGCUAUGAGCCCGACGAGCAAGAGAGCUGCGUGGACGUGGACGAGUGUGCCCAGGCCCUGCACGACUGCCGCCCCAGCCAGGAGUGCCAUAACCUGCCUGGCUCCUACCAGUGUACCUGUCCCGACGGCUAUCGCAAGAUCGGGCCCGAGUGUGUGGAUAUAGACGAGUGUCGGUACCGCUACUGCCAGCACCGUUGCGUGAACCUGCCUGGCUCCUUUCGCUGCCAGUGUGAGCCAGGCUUCCAGCUGGGGCCCAACAACCGCUCCUGUGUGGAUGUGAACGAAUGUGACAUGGGGGCUCCAUGUGAGCAGCGCUGCUUCAACUCCUAUGGGACCUUCCUGUGUCGCUGCCACCAGGGCUAUGAGCUGCACCGGGAUGGCUUCUCCUGCAGUGAUAUCGAUGAGUGCAGCUACUCCAGUUACCUCUGCCAGUACCGCUGUGUCAACGAGCCAGGCCGCUUCUCCUGCCACUGUCCACAGGGCUACCAGCUGCUGGCCACGCGCCUGUGCCAAGACAUUGACGAGUGUGAGUCGGGUGCACACCAGUGCUCUGAGGCCCAGACUUGUGUCAACUUCCACGGGGGCUACCGCUGUGUGGACACCAACCGCUGUGUGGAGCCUUACGUCCAGGUGUCCGACAAUCGCUGUCUCUGUCCGGCCUCCAACCCCCUGUGCCGGGAGCAGCCCUCAUCCAUCGUGCACCGCUAUAUGAGCAUCACCUCGGAGCGGAGCGUACCGGCGGACGUGUUCCAAAUCCAAGCAACCUCCGUCUACCCUGGUGCCUACAAUGCCUUUCAGAUCCGUGCUGGAAACUCGCAGGGAGACUUCUACAUUAGGCAAAUCAACAAUGUCAGCGCCAUGCUGGUCCUCGCGCGGCCCGUGACAGGCCCCCGGGAGUACGUGCUGGACCUGGAGAUGGUCACCAUGAACUCCCUCAUGAGCUACCGGGCCAGCUCUGUACUGAGACUCACCGUCUUCGUGGGGGCCUACACCUUCUGAGGGGUGGGUGGGGGGCCCUCAGGGAAGGGGAGGUUCUCUGUAGCUGAGGAGCCUGGGGCUCAGGGAUGACUGUGUUCUGCUAAAAGGGAAGAUGCUCUUGUGAAGGGUAGUAGAGAGAGAAAGGCAAUAAAGGGAGAAAGAAGGAGUUCUGGUGGCUGAGGUGGGUGGGUCACACUGCAGUGAACCCCAGAGCGGGGAAAGGCCAGACUUACGGGAGGCGGGCCACACCCACCUAAAGGCGGGCGUGUUUCUGCCCAGGCUGAAGGGCCCCAUUGACAGGAGCUGGGAGCUGCACCCCCAAGGCUGGGACUGGCCUACAUACCAUGGGCACCAGAAUCACCCAAGAAGGGAGGAGGUAACGAGGCUGCAGACUCUAGGCCCCAGCCCAGAAACUUGGACUUGGCUGGUCUGCAGCGGGCCUGAAGAAUCCUGCUCUAGCCAGUGCCAGGAGGCCCUAGGUUUCCAUCCCAGCUUGGGCUCAAACUAUCAGUGUGGAGAAAUCCUAGCAGCUUUCUGAGUCUCAGUGUUCCAAUCCGUAAAAUGAGGCCACUGGAUUGUUAGCGCUUUAUAAACUUUUCUUUUCCAAGCUACAGAA